AUGCUCGAUGCACAGCUGACCGAUAUCCUCGAACCUGUUCCUGCCGAAGACAAGACUCUUCUCGACUCCGACUCUCCCCUCAGCUCCGAAGACGAGAUUGAAUUCGACGCGUCCGACCGUCCUUCGACACCACCAGCUACCAACUCCAAGAAGCGCAAAGUCGCCGACCUCCAGUCCGCCUCCAGAUCGCGAUCUGCUUCGAAGCCCAUCUCGCCGCCAUGGAAGUCGUUCGCUGCCGAAGGUCCCACCACAAUCUUGGACAACGGAAAGAGAAGGUCAGGUCGUGUCAAUGCUCCAGCUCCCCCUGUCUUUGAAAAGGCGACUUCCAAGUCCAAAAAGCCUGUCGCAAGGACUCCGGUCAGCAAAGCUUCGGCCUUGAACGCUCAAACUGCUCAACAGACAAGUCAGCCCAAGCCAAAGGAAACCCCUGUGCCCAAGCGCGAGAAGACUCCGCCACGUCCAUCUCGCGUCUCUGCCAGAAUCAAGAACCUCGAAACUUCGCCCGAAGCCGUCAAGAAAGAGGAGCCCGCUCCACCGUCACAAUCUCCACAAGCAAAGCGCAAAGCUGGCCGUCCCGCUAAACCUGAACCUGAAGCUUCCACCGAGUCGCAACCUCCCGCGUCAUCCGAUCCAGCCUCAUCAACACCGCGCAUCAAGCUCAAGCUCAAGCGACCACAAUUUUCGUUCCUACCUCGUCACCCGAGUCAUGUUGUCAAUCCACCACGUUUCCAGUCUCUCGACGAUAUCAUCGCCCACUAUGACCAGAAAAGCAAAGAGGCCGCUUAUGAGAGUAAGGAAGACGACAGGUACCAAGGUCUUGAGCGUCGCGCACCAGAGAGAAUUGAGCAGGCACCCGAGGAGCGAGCUGAGAAGGAAGCUUCGGCACGUCUAAGAAUCCUGGAAGCCGCUCAGCCAGGGGGUCCUCUGAGCGAGGANAAAAGUUCGCUAUACUUGCCAGACGAUCAAAAAGAGCCCGCGCAACAAUACAACCACUGGGACCAUAUUUGGACUCAUGGCGCCUUUCUGAGAUCCCUAAUGGAGAAGGAGAAGCGUGCGCACAUGGACAGUGCCAAAAGAGUUGCAUACGCGUGUUUGGCAAGAUGGAAAGAACGACAACCUCAAACCGAAGAAGAGAAGGAGAAGCAGGAGAAUGAAUGGUAUAGACUCAUCUACUGUCAAACCGUCAAGGAUGUUCAACGGAAGUGGGAGCUUGUCGGUGCCGAGAUUGAUCGACGAAGGGCACUGCGUUACGCGGAAGAACAAAGGAUUGAACGAGAACUCAAGAUGCAGAGUAUGCUGGAGAAAUCGACAAAUCUGCUGGAUAAACGUCGCGCGCUACUGGAUUCCGGUCUGUCUGUGGAUGGUGAUGACGACGAUGACGCCGACGACAUCAGUCUUAGCGAAGGUGCUUCCGCUGAUGAAGAAGGAUCAGACGCAUCCGGCCAGGAUCCCGACAAAGAUCACCGCAUGACUUCAUCCGAGUCUGAAGGCAGCGAUGGCGAGGAAGGGGAGGACGAUGACGUGAACCUAUCUCCAGAAGCUCUUCGUCGGAAAUACAGCAACAUACCAGACAUACCGCAGGAACAGUCUGAGGACGAUGCUAGUGACAUGGACAUCGAUGACGAUCAAGACUCGAAUGCAGCAGACACCACGAAAAUCAAUCUGGAUGAAGACGAUGACGAAGCUGAGAUUGAUGACACUGAAGACAACGACAAACAAAUCCAGGAGGAGCGAGACUAUUCCAAGAUCCAACUGGACGAGGUGGAUGAUGCCCUUCUUGAUGACAGCGACGAAUCCACCAACAUGAGUGAUGAAGAUAUGAGCGAUGAGGAAGAAGAUGGGGAGGAUGACGAGGAGGAAGAAGCGAGUGAAAGCGAAGAUGACGGUGGCCUCCUUGGCUUCUUUGGUGGACGCAAAGCUCUUGCGAAAGAGAGUCAGACUACUUUAGGCGUUGAAGCGUCUGAGGAAGCUGAGGAGAUGGUGGAGCGGCAAGAUGAAACACCUGGGGAAGAUCCAGAUCACGACCAGGACGAACUCGCCAAAGUCAUCCAGGAUUCUGCUGAACAAGUCGAGCUCAGGCAGACGAACGGUAUCGAUUCCGAGCAGUCCGAUGCUGAGAACAUUGACGAACGCGAUUCGGAUGGGCUAGAAGCUUUGGAGGUCGACCAGAGCUCGGCUAUUGCGACGCCACUCGAAAACAGCCUUCAUGCGCCUUCCAUCGAGAACGCUAAAUCUGCAGUAUUAGAAGAUGUACUCGAGGAAGAAUCAGCUGUCUCUGCACAACAAGACCACCCUCAAGCACUGUCAGUAGGCACCGAUGCUGAGAAAGUCGCAUCCCAGAAACUUCACGCCCACUCUCUUAGUCCUCAUCACAAUAUGCUGUCAGCAGAUUCGCAUGCAGAGGACAGAAGCAGUCAAACAUCACCCAAGGACGACACGACUAUUGAGCCUACUGAAGCUGAAUCGACCACUAGUGUUGAUCUUGACGAGGCUGACAGGAUGUCCGAAACUAGUGACACACCACAGCCUGGAAAAUCCUCCAAAGUCAAGAUUCCUUCUUUACUUAGAGGCACGCUCAGAGAAUAUCAGCAUGAAGGUCUCGACUGGCUUGCAAAGCUCUACGCCAACCAGACCAAUGGUAUCCUCGCGGACGAGAUGGGCCUGGGAAAAACGAUUCAGACCAUUGCACUGUUGGCUCAUCUGGCAGAGGAGCAUCACAUUUGGGGCCCUCAUCUGAUCGUCGUACCCACGUCAGUCAUUCUCAACUGGGAGAUGGAGUUCAAGAAGUUCUUGCCUGGCUUCAAAGUUCUGUCAUACUACGGUUCCGUCGAGGAAAGAGCGCAAAAGCGCAAAGGCUGGAGCAAUCCUGAUAUCUGGAACGUCGUCAUCACCUCGUAUCAACUCAUCUUGAAGGAUUUACCAGCCAUCAGAGUUCCUGAGUGGCAUUACAUGAUUCUGGAUGAAGCGCACAAUAUCAAGAACUUCAACUCCCAGCGUUAUCAAGCCAUGAUCAGGCUCAAGACACAUGCUCGUCUCUUGCUGACUGGUACACCUCUCCAAAACAGCAUCAUCGAGUUGUGGUCGCUUCUCACUUUCCUGACUGCCGGUCAAGACGGUCAAGGUAUGGGUGACCUUGAAGAGUUCACAGAGUGGUUCCGCAGACCUGUCGAUGAGAUCUUCGUUGAUGGUAAGAGUAAGCUUGGCAACGAAGCGCAAGAUAUUGUCAACAAGCUACAUCAUUCGCUUCGCCCUUACCUUCUGCGUCGCCUCAAGUCUUCGGUCGAGAAACAGCUUCCCGGCAAAUAUGAACACACUGUGAUUUGCAGACUGUCAAAACGACAACGUCAGCUCUACGAUGCGUUCAUGGGGCUUUCCGAUACCAAGGCAAAGUUGACAUCUGGUAACAUGAUCAGUGUAUCACAAGCAUUGAUGUCAUUGAGAAAGGUUUGCAACCAUCCAGAUCUGUUCGAAGAGCGUCCUAUCGUCACCUCAUACGCCAUGAAGAGGCCCUACACGCGUCAACCUCGGUCAAUUGCAGCGGACUUCGAGAUCAAGGACUUGUUUCUGCGAAAGAAGAUGCUUUAUGAAGACCCGCACGAAGUGCUUGACCUAGACUUNUUGAGCCUCAAUCUGACAAGUCGAGAGUCGAGGUCGAGAUAUCACAUCAGACGCAGCAAGCAGCUUAGAGCCAGUCGGGCUAUGGAUCAGAUUGUGCGCAGAGAAGUUGAGAGGCUGGGCGCCAGCUCGCUUGACAGCUCUUCUUUCCCUUCCGUCAUCGGUCAACAAAACCACAAGACUGCUAUGGACAAGCUGAAUCGCUUGCGUCAGUGUGCUUUCUUGACGGAACAACGGACAGAGUUCGCGCCCGUCUAUGGCACUGAUCUCGUCGAGAGAUGUACAACCUACACCACCGAUCGACUGCGACAAUCGCCUCCCCUUGAUAAGGUUCUGCACUCUGAAUGGUACCUCGACUCCUCUUCUCUGGUUCAUAGCAUGAUCAAGAGUGUUGAUCAACGAUCUAAGGCGAUGAAUACCCUCAUCCGCAAGUUUGCAUGCAUCACUCCUAAUGCUGUGGCCAACGACAUCCUGCCAUACAUGGUUUCACGAAACACCAUCUACAACGUUCAAUCGGUCUCCCAAACGCCCGAGCCAGACGCUUUCCACGAGUCUCGUGUGCGCUUGUCCAUCGCAUUCCCAGACAAACGCCUACUUCAGUAUGACUGUGGUAAGCUGCAACGGCUGGCAGACUUGCUCCGCGAGCUUCAAUCCCGUGGUUCCCGCGCCCUGAUCUUCACACAGAUGACUUCGGUCCUUGACAUUCUCGAACAGUUCUUGAACAUCCACGGAUACCGCUACCUCCGUCUCGAUGGCAGCACAAAGAUUGAACAGCGUCAAGACAUGAUGGAGCGUUUCAACCGAGACACUCGCAUCGAUGUCUUUAUCCUCUCGUCACGCUCCGGAGGUGUAGGUAUGAACUUGACUGGUGCUGAUACAGUCAUCUUCUACGAUCUUGAUUGGAACCCGCAGAUGGACAAACAAUGCCAAGACCGUGCUCAUCGUAUCGGUCAAACUCGCGAUGUGCACAUCUACAAGUUUGUAUCUGAGCAUACAAUCGAAGUCAACAUUCUGCGCAAAUCCAAUCAGAAGCGUCUGCUCGACGAGGUUGUCAUCCAAGAAGGAGAAUUCACCACUGAUUACUUCAACGCUCCUGCCGCUACCGUGGACGACGAAGCUCUGGGAGAUGCAUUCGCCGGCGCCGCUGUAGAAAGAGUUUUCGGCAACAAUGUCGGCGAACGCAAUGUUCAGAAAGUUCUCGAGGCGGUAGAAGACGCAGAAGAUGUUGCCGCCGCUCACGCCCAGCAAAAGGAAGGCCAAGCCGACGACUUUGACUUUGAUGCCGCUGGCAAUAAUGCCACAGCAAACCAGAGCAGAGACUCACGGACGCCGAAGACGAGUGUGCCGCCCACACCUGCCGAACCUGCUGAUGCGAUGGAUGUGGAUGAGACUAAGGAUGCAGAAGAAGAAUUUGGGCAUGUGGAUGCGUAUAUGCUCAACUUCCUCGACUGGGCACUCAAGGACGUCAAGUAUGUUCCUCCACCCGACAAGAGCAGGCGUGGAAGGCUGGACAAGAAUGGAAGGGAUCGCAGUCAUCGACCGCGUGUACGGUAA